CGCGCCCGCAGAGGGCGCUUCAUAAAUAACAAAUGGAAUCGAGAAAGCGGCGAAAUUCAAGCAUCAGACAAAGUUCAUUAUUCUAUUGAAACAUGAAGAAUCAUUGUUACGGUAUUUAUUACUUGUGCAACUGUCUACUGUCUGAGGAAUAAAGAUAAACGAAUCCACCGACACAAUGUCAAAAACAUCUCUAUGGCAGCAUCCAUAUGUGAACGUCUUCAAGCAUCUCAACAUCGGAGAAUGGAGAAAGUCUACCAAGGAGGGGGAAGUGAUGUCCGUCAUGGACAAGAGCAUGAAGUGCACAGUGUAUAGAAUCACUGGGUCCAUACCAGCGGGGAAUUACAUCCAGCUACCAAGAACAUCCUCACAGUCACUAGGUCUGACUGGGAGAUUCCUCUACCUCCUCUUCAAACCAAUCGCUGGCAAGUACUUUGUGACUCACGUUGAUGUGACAACCCAAGAUGGCUUGGUUGUACGCCUCUCCUUCUCCAACCUCUUCAAGGAGUUUAAGUCCACCUCCACCUGGCUCCAGUUCCCCUUCGUCUGCCCCGCCGGGAAAGGUUCCGUUGAGAGGAUCACCUCAAAAUCAGUCCGGAAAGACCUUCAUGGCCCCGCCCCUUCCAGCUCUAAGUGGACCCUCCUCAUGCUUGACCUCCAGUACAUCCUCUCCAUGUACCUCAACUGCAAGUACAAGUACGUCAAGAGCGUCCGCCUCUGCGCCAACAUGUACGUCAAGAACGUCUUCACCAGCGACAUGCAGUACGAGCCGGACAUCUCGCUGCAGGACGCCCGUGACAUGGGCCUCCUGGGGCAGGGCAUCGCCCCGUUGCCACGGGAGAUGACCUUCAAGGUUCCCAAGGGGGAGAAGUGGAUGGACCACUAUGAUUACAUCAGGUUUCCUUCAGCCGGUUCUAAGGUUCCCUUUGACUCAGUACAGCUCAAUAGCUCUGGUCAUGUGACGAGAUCAACCAUUCAGGUACCGGGUCACCUGAGCCCCCAGAGAGUAUCGUCAAAACAAGUCUGCGCUAAUCGAGAUGCAGACUCUCUAUCAUCAAUGUCACAAUCUGUCAGUGCUGUUAAACAGAAGAAGAAAAAAUCUACCAAACCAGCUGUGAGCAUGGCCCUACCUGAAGUGGGUGUGAGUGGUGACCUAUCAAUUCUCCAAGGCACUCAAGGGGAGGUGCAUGUGUUUGCCCAGCCUGAAGAUGAUAUAACAGUCCACAGGCAUGAUGAUAACACUGGAAUGACACUAUCGACUAAAAUAUCGAAGCGCUCUACAAAGCCCACCAGAGAUGAGAUAUACAAUAGCCUGCAACCUGAUCCCAUCAUCUCAUUGAAGAAGAUGAUUGGUUUCGGUGGAGUAUCCACGAAUGAGAUCCUGUGGGAUCACCAUGGAAACCAUGUUGUUUAUCCCUGCCAUGCCGUCAUAGUAGCCAUGGCUGUCAGCAGCGGUCAACAGAGAUUCUUCAUCGGACAUACAGAUAAGGUCUCAUGUCUGACAUUGAGUAGCAGUGGAACACUCCUAGCAUCAGCCCAGACAGGGCAGCAGGCCGUGGUAAGGGUGUGGCACUAUCAGUCUGGUGAGGGGCUAGCCAUGUUCAAGGCACAUACACACUCUGUCUUCACCCUCAGCUUUUCAGGUAACGGAUCCACUCUUUGUGGAGUUGGGAAGGACGGACAUGGAAAAAAUAUGGUUGUCGUGUGGAACACCUCCAGAGUUCACAGGCGAGGGGACGUGCCUGUGGUUGCUAAGGCUCACACUGAUGUAGAUAUCGUGCGCAUGAGAGUCUCACCGUACGAUGACACAAAGAUGGUAUCCUGCGGUAGGGAUAAUGUGAGGGUUUGGCGAGUGAGGAACGGCAACCUACGCUCUGCUCCUGUCAAUCUGGGACAGGUGACGGUCGCUGAGUUUACAGACGUCUGCUUUGAAGCGCCCUCUACACCUGGGAUGGAGCCAGCAGACAAACUUGUGUAUGCAUGCACAAGGUCUGGGCAUAUAUUUGAGGUAGACUAUGCUAGGGUAUGUGUAGCUCACAUCAGACGGUUACUCCCGGUGGGCAAGCAUGUCAAGGAGAAGGGAACUUUCCGCUCAGGUGCGGGUAUAGCAAUCAAUGCUCUGUCUGUGAACAGUGCCUUCUGUGUGACCGGAUCAGAGGAUGGGGUCUUGCGAAUCUGGCCUCUGGACUUCAAGAGUGUCUUCAUGGAAGCAGAACAUGAGGGUCCGGUCACAGCAGUCUCUAUAUCUCCCGAUGGUCUGCGCAUCCUGGCCGGCACCGUCACCGGUAACUUUGGGGUGCUGGACGUCUCCUCCCGCAAGUACACUACCCUGAUGAGGUCCCAUGUGUCCAGCGUCCUGGCGGUGGCCCUGGAUCCCCUCCGGAGGCAGAUGGCUACAGUGUCCGAUGACCAUACCAUCAGAAUCUGGGAUCUGGACACACUGCAACAGCUGUAUGACUUCCAUGCGCCUAAGGAGACGCCCUGCACCAUCGCCUACCAUCCGUCCCUCUACUGCAUUGCCUGCGGAUUUGACAAUGGUUUGGUCCGCAUCUUCAGCAUCGCAUCCACAAGUCUGGUGGCUGAGCUAAGUGACCUCAAGGGAAAGGUCACUGGGUUACUGUACUCCCGGGAUGAUCGGCACCUCUACUCGGCCUCCUCGCUUGGCAUGUUAGCCCUCUAUGACGUAUCAGACGACAGCUACAACACCAUAAGGGUUCUGGGUGAUAUGGUUGCCAAGGGCGACGUGUACUGUCCGAGUGCUCUGUCCCUUAGUCCCGAUGGAAGAAGGCUAGCCUUUGUUGGACCUUCGGAGUUCACAGUGACUGUGGCUGAUGCAAGAACUCUGGAUGAGGUGCUGAGAAUUGACAUCUCAUCAAUAACGGCAGACAGGGAAACAUCUGGUCUAGACAUGGCCCGCCGUGUUCACUUCUCUCCUGCUAAAACCAGGCAACUUCUUGUAGCUACAUCAGAAAAUAAUCUGCUGAGACUUGAUGCAAAUAAUGGAAGGCUGAUUAAUAAGGUUUCGAGUAUCCAUCGGUCUGGCUUGACUGGGUUGGAUGUAUGUGAGGACUGCAGGCAUAUGGCUACGGCAGGUGACAAGGUUGUCAAGGUGUGGGACUAUCACAUGAGAUUGGAUCUCAAUUUCCAGGUUUUCAUCGGUCACUCGGAUGUGAUUAAACAGGUCCUGUUCACACCUGAUGGCAUGAACGUUGUCUCGGUCGGGGAUGCUAUCUUCAUUUGGGAUUUCUUCGGGAGCACUCAAGUGCCAUCUACCCAUAGUGAAACAGUCACAAGUGCUCUGAAAACAUCAAGAGGUGCUACACCAAAACAACCAAAGACCUUUGAUCUGAAUGGUAGCCUGUUGCCACGGCACCAGGUACCCAAGCCAGCCACGCCCACCCAGCUGACUGACAUUAGCAGCAUCCGAGAAAGAGAUAGUGAGAGAGGUACAUAUGAAUCAGGAGAAGAAGUUCUCAUCGGACCAGAUCUGGAGAGCAGGAGUGAAAUGUCAUCUGAUGAGGAGGUUACGUUGAUACCAGAGACCCUAGGGUCCAGUCAGAGGACACGGUCCCAUCGGAGACCUAGUCCUGGACCAUCUCAGCAAGGAGGUACUAACAUGGGAGGAGCUCCUCAGGGCGUAUUCUCCAUGGAAACCAUGAAAUCAGAGCUGUCCUCGGUCAGCAAAGAUGCAACGUCCCAUGAUAGGCCGAGAUGCUAUAGUCACUUUGUGGCGAAGCCAAACGUGUCUCAGCUUGCCCAGCGUCGCUACAUUGCCCCCAGCAACCAAGCUGGCCUGAAGCUGAAGAGGGUGCUCGGUUACAAUGGUAACGGUCGAGGGAAUGUCAUCUGGCAUCCUGACUCUGGUCUCUUUGCCUACACGUGUGGGUCCAUCAUAGUACUAGAAGACUUGGACAAUAGCUCACAAACCCAUCUGCUUGGUCACAUGGAAGAGAUAUCAGUCCUAGCCUUCCAGAAUGAUGCUCAGAUCCUUGCUUCAGCCUCCGGAGCCAGCGGACUGACACCGAGCCAGAUCUGUUUCUGGGAUCUACAGGGCGCCCACUGCCGGAAGACACUGUCGUAUCAUGAGCAUGGCAUUGUGGGAUUGGCGUAUUCGCGCGAUGACAGAUUUCUGGUUUCAGUUGGUGACUACCGCGACUGCAGCAUUGCAGUGUGGAGCACGCAGGACUACAGCCUGCUAGCAGCCUCUAAGACGGCCCUACCAGUCCACUCCCUUCUCUGGGACCCAUACACAUCCAACGAGUUCACCUCUGUGGGUGAGAAGGGAACGGUACUCUUCUGGUUGCUGGAUGAGAGUCAGGGGCGUGUCAAUCUCAAUGUCCAUGAAGCACAGGUCCCGCAGGAACUCAUGGAUCACAGGAACAUGGUUCUUGAUGAUGUGGCCUUCACAAGUGCAGUGUAUGGAGGAGAUAACAUUCUCUAUGUGGGAAGCACUACUGGUGUCCUUUCGGCUUGGGACACCAAACACAAUUCUUGCUUCAUGCAUUGGGAUGCAGAUACUGCUGAAAUAGGAGUGAUCGUGAGUAAGUUUGGAAGCACUCGUCUGAUUACAGGAGGAGCAUCACGUCUGAUUCGUCUCUGGUCAGUUCAUGGGAUGGGAGAACUCAGACUGACCGCUGGCUUCACCAACAGUGGUGUUGGUCAAGGUCUUGUGAUGGAAGAUGAAAUGGCACUGGAUGGCGCUAUCACCUCGGCCCAGUUUGACCACACCAUGGACGUAGGAGUGGUUUCAACGGCUGAGGGUACCCUGUGGUACAUCAACUGGGUUGAGAGGACCUCCAUUAGACUGGUCUCUUCACACACAGCCAAGGUCACUGAUGUUGCCUUCAGUGAGAGUGACCUCUUUGCGACCUGUUGUCAUGACGGCAGUCUCAACAUCUACUCAUUGACCGACAUGGAGCGCAGUAUACAAUUCCAAGUCUUAGACCAGAGUUGUAACUGCAUAGCCUUCAGCCCCAGGAGGUUUGGUCUCUCCUCCCAGACCCCAUCCUCUUCCUCCUCCAUGAUAGUAGCUGGUUACCAUGACGGCACAGUUCGUCUCUUUGACCUAGUCAGCUGUGAGAUGACCAUCAAGAUGCAGCCUCAUGCCCACUCAGUGACCGCCAUAGCUUUCUCUGUUGAUGGUCAUGUAAUUCUAUCUGGUUCUCACAAUGGAUUGAUUGCCAUCAGCAGCCCCACCACGGGAAUGACCAUGAGGGUUCUACAGGAUCACAAGGGAGCACCCAUUACAGAUAUACAAGUCCAUCAAGAGCUGGAUACAAGCGAUCCCAGCUUCCAUGCUCUUCACAAGUGGCUCGCUGUCAGUGGUGACAGGAGGGUCAGCGUAUGGAGGGCCAGCUGGGCCAAAGACUUCUGUGAGAUGGUGGACUGGCUGACCUAUCCUGCUCCGGCCUUUGCACCUGACGGCACACCCAUUGAGAAGGGCGAUCCAAACCGUUAUGACUCGCUGCCUCCCAGUAUGGCUAGAUUCUCAGCCUCAGACCCUAAUGUGAUCAUAUAUGUUGGAUACGGGAUGCAGAAACAAGUGCUCUUCUACAAUCUAGCCCAGAAAAAGGUGAUACGGUCAGCAGCAUUGACCCACUGGAGUACAUCGUUUGACCUUAAUCCUAGAGGUCAUCUCAUUGCCAUAGCAACCCAAGAGCGUCUAGUGAAGGUGAUGGACUACCAAGAGUGUAGCUUUCAGGACUUUGUAGCACACAGUGAUGCUGUGGAACUGGUUCGUUUCUCUGGGGAUGGGGAGCAGCUCUUUUCAGUCUCUGGUACCGAGAUACUCCUCUGGGAUGUUGCAGUUUGAGAGCAAGUGAAAACCCUUGAGACUAUAGUACAUAGUGAUGCUGUUGAUCUGGGGGG